AUGAGUGGCGUGCUUGGGCGUGACCUGAGAGCGACCGCUAAUGAGGAGAUGCGGCAAGCUGCAGCGACUCCGUUGCCGGGACCCAUGAACUGGACGUGGAUGACCUUUGCAGCCAUGGGCAACCAGUCCCCGCCCAAGAAAACGAGAUGGGAUGUGCCGGCCACAGGCAUCACACAAGCCCUUGCACCUCGCGCCGAAGGCAUGAUGGACAUUCAGAAGUGCAUGACAAGCAUCAAAGGUGAGUUCACGGAUAAGGUGGGCUCAGCACUGGACCUCAGCAGGACUGUGGACAAACGUCAGCAGGCAAUGGGUGACCAACUGAAGCACAUCCAGGAAAGAGUGGAGACCCAGGGCCUUCAGAGCCAAGAGCAGGAGCGCGCCAUCAAGGUGAGAAUACCAGGAGACGAAGAUGAGCGAGGGCCAGCGGUCAUCCUUGGCGGCUGGAGCCCGGAUACCGAGGCAGAGGAAACCAAGCACUUCGUCCGAGAGCGAGAGCGCUGCUACUGCCCAUGGAAGAGUCCUUUGGAGGGCGAGAGCACACAAGCUAUGACGCGCCGUGCCAGUGGUGCUGUGGAAGCCACUCGGAAGCUCCGAGCUGCCUCUGGUCAUCAGGACGCCCAGGGGAAGAGUAUGUUGGUCUGGGCGGCGGUGUCACAGCCUCCUGAGGUUAGGCGCCUCAAGGCGGAUGGUGUCAGAGCUGACUACAAGAAGGGUACGGUCACGGUUCAGGGGAAGAAAGUGACCUACAAUUCAUGA